AUGGCUUCAACUAAAGAUACCCAGGUCGGUGCUUCGGGUCCUGCCUUGGCCACAGAUGCCGUUCUCAAACCUUCAGUCGCUCUUGACGAUGCCAUUGAAGUCUCUGGAGUUGAUUUUGAUAAAUACUCAAAGGAUAAGCCCAUUUCAGCAGCCGAUCUUGUUGCUGGAAUGAAGAACAUGGGAUUCCAGGCCACCAACCUUGGUGUUGCUUGCGAUAUUAUCAACGAGAUGCGUGCAUGGGAAGGCACACAUCCAGAUACCGGCGAGAAGCAAAAGACUACCAUUUUCCUCGGAUAUACUUCCAACCUCAUUUCGUCGGGUCUCCGUGAAACCCUCAAGUACUUAGUCAAGCACAAAAUGGUUUCAGCCAUCGUCACAACCGCCGGCGGUAUCGAAGAAGACUUUAUCAAAUGUCUAGCUAAAACCUAUGUCGGUGACUUUGCCCUUCCUGGUGCCGAGCUUCGUGACAAGGGUCUCAACCGUAUCGGCAACUUGCUGGUGCCCAACGACAACUACGUCAAGUUUGAAGAGUGGAUCAUCCCCAUCUAUGACCAAAUGCUGAAGGAACAAGAGGAAGCUGCAGAAAAGCGUCUGGGUGCCGGCUGCGAUGUUAACGAUGCUGAGUCGCCGGCUUGGUGGACGCCCUCAAAGCUCAUUGCACGGCUCGGUAAGGAAAUCAAUGACGAAGAUUCAGUCUAUUACUGGGCCUGGAAAAACGACAUUCCUGUUUUUUGCCCUGCCAUCACAGACGGUUCUCUCGGUGAUAUGCUCUUCUUCCAUACUUACAAGGCCUCUCCACGCCAGCUACGUCUCGACAUUGUAGCCGAUAUUCGUAAAAUCAAUUCUCUUGCCAUGACAGCUCCACGCGCUGGUAUGAUUAUUCUUGGCGGUGGUAUCAUUAAGCACCACAUUUGCAACGCGUGUCUCAUGCGCAACGGUGCAGACUACGCCGUCUAUAUCAACACUGGUCAGGAGUUUGACGGCAGUGAUGCUGGUGCUAGACCUGACGAAGCCGUCUCAUGGGGGAAGAUUCGUGCAGAUGCAAAGAAAAUUAAAAUCUAUGCCGAUGUUACUCUCGUCUUCCCAUUGAUUGUAGCUGCAACUUUUGCAAGCGGCAAUUGA